AUGUUGAGUCGCUGUGGACGUCAGGCCUCGCGCCUGAUCCCGCGCACGGCAAGCUCCGCUAUUCGGUCGACUGCCAUCCCUCUCCAGCUUCGUCCUGCGGCAGCUUCUCCUUUGCGCCUGCCGGGACAAGGCCGUAGCGUGUCCUCCUCGACCCGUGAAGGACAGCAGACUCUGCUCUCCGCACCCCUCGAGGAGUCCGACCCCGCCAUCUAUGACAUUCUCCAGAAGGAGAAAAAACGUCAGCAGCAUUUCAUCAACCUCAUCCCAUCCGAGAACUUCACAUCGCAAGCUGUCCUUGAUGCGCUGGGCAGUGUCAUGCAAAAUAAAUACUCGGAGGGAUACCCCGGUGCCAGAUACUACGGUGGAAACGAACACAUUGACGCCUCUGAGCGGCUGUGCCAGCAGCGUGCGCUCGAGACUUUUGGCCUUAACCCCGAAGAAUGGGGUGUGAACGUGCAACCGCUGUCCGGCUCGCCCGCUAACCUUUAUGCCAUUUCCGCCAUCCUCAACACCCACGACCGCUUGAUGGGCCUGGACCUGCCCCACGGCGGUCACCUGUCCCACGGCUACCAGACCCCCACCAAGAAGAUUUCGUUCAUCUCGAAAUACUUCGAAACGCUACCCUACCGGCUAGAUGAGUCGACCGGUAUCAUUGACUACGACGCCCUGGAGAAGCAGGCGCUUCUCUACCGGCCCAAGCUCAUCAUCGCCGGUACCUCGGCCUACAGCCGCUUGAUUGACUACCCUCGUAUGCGGCAGAUCGCAGACGCCGCCGGCGCAUACUUGUUGAGCGACAUGGCCCACAUCUCCGGUCUCGUGGCUGCGGGUGUCCUCCCGUCGCCCUUCGCCCAUUCGGAUGUGGUGACCACCACGACCCACAAGUCGCUGCGGGGUCCCCGCGGCGCGAUGAUAUUCUUCCGCAAGGGUGUUCGCCGGACGGACAAGAAGGGUAACCCGGAGAUGUAUGAUCUAGAGGGCCCGAUCAACGCGUCCGUGUUCCCGGGUCACCAGGGUGGCCCUCACAACCAUACUAUCACCGCCUUGGCUGUGGCGCUGAAGCAGGCGCAAUCGCCUGAGUUCAAGACCUACCAGCAGACAGUGCUGGCCAAUGCGCAGGCCUUGGCAGAGCGUCUUGGUAACCCGCUUAGCAGUGGAGGCCUGGGAUACAACAUCGUUUCCGGCGGCACCGACAACCACCUGGUGCUGGUGGAUCUGAAGAACCGCGGAGUGGACGGCGCGCGCGUCGAGCGGGUGCUGGAGCUGUGCGGUGUGGCCAGCAACAAGAACACGGUGCCGGGCGACAAGUCGGCCCUGAAGCCCGGUGGUCUGCGUCUGGGCACGCCGGCCAUGACGACGCGAGGCUUCCAGCCGGAGGACUUCCGCCGCGUCGCAGACAUUGUGGACCGGGCGGUGAUUAUCACACAGAAGUUGGACAAGGCAGCCAAGGAGAGUGCGGCCGCAAAGGGUGUGAAGAACCCGAACACGGUCAAGGCGUUCUUGGACUAUGUGCGCGAGGGCGAGGAGAUUCCGGAGAUUGUGCUGCUACGACAGGAGGUGGAGGACUGGGCGGGGACGUUCAUCAUUCUGAUCCUGUAUCCCUUCCCUUCUUUCUUUUUGUCUUUCGUCUUGAUUCACUCAUACUCACAUAUACAAUACAUCCGCUAUAAUACAUAUACACACUUCCCACGAAUCCACCAUGCACAUCAGCCAAGUACAUCAUUCCCCACACCCAUCCACCCUUCCAUCCAUGCCCGUAUCCCAGUAUCACUGCUAAUACUGACAUUAAUCAUCCACCAGCUCUACACCUACCCCAUUAAAUCCCUCCAAGGCAUCCCCAUCCCCAGCGCAACCUUCACCCGAACCGGUUUCCCCUAUGACCGCCACUUCAUGCUCCUCAAGGUCCUCCCCAAUGGCGAAUACAAGAAUAUGCACGUGCCCCAUUUCCCCGAGAUGUCGCUGUUCUACACCGAUAUCAUCCACGGCGAUGACAACAAAAACGCAUCAGAAUCCGAGUCUAGCAGGAUAGAGGUUACAUAUCGUCCUCCCCCCACUGCUGAUCAACCCCAAUCUCAACGGAGGUUGGAGGUACCACUGGUACCCAAUACGGCUGGGUUAAAGGAAGUAGAAGUUAUCAUGCAUCAGAGUCCGACGAAGGGAUAUAUCAUGGGGGAGGAGUAUAAUGGGUGGUUUAGUGAGUGUUUCGGGUAUCAGGUGGUGCUGGUGUAUUUGGGCGGCAAUUACAGGGGUGUUCUGGGGAGCUUUGCGCCGGAGAAGAGUGCGGCGCAUAGAGGGACGCAGGGAUGGUGGAGGAGGGAUGGGGUUUUGGGUCUAGGAACAGGACUGGUGGGUGUGAUGAUUUUGUUGUCUUGGGUUGGUAUGAGUAUGGGCUUGCUGGGGAGUAUAGGAGCAACAGGAGCAGCAGGGGCUGUGUUUUGGUAUGGAGCUGGAUGCAAGAAUAAAAAGGAAGAGCAGAUCACUUUCGCUGAUACGGCGCCGUAUCUAAUUGUGUCGCGCACUUCAGUCGAUGAUGUCUCGGCGCGGUUAGCUGGGGAUGAAGAAAUGGAUGUUACCAAAGCCCGGCCAAACAUUGUGAUAUCUGGUGCGGAGACGGCGUUUGAAGAGGAUUUCUGGGCUGAAGUGCAGAUUGGAGAGCUUGGCUCGGCGAAGCUAUUGCUCACUGCCAACUGUGUGCGGUGUCAGAGCCUUAAUGUUGAUUAUGCGACAGGGAAGAUGGGCACGGGCGAGUCGGGGACUGUGCUGAAGAAGUUGAUGAAGGAUCGGCGUGUUGAUAAGGGCGCCAAGUUCAGUCCAGUGUUUGGUCGAUAUGGGUUUUUGGAUGCAGGGUCGGAUGGCCGGACGGUGCGGGUUGGGGAUGCGGUGGUGGUAGCAAGGAGGGUUAAGGAACGGAUGGUCUAUGGUAAGUGUGCUGCUGCUCUAUCUUCUGAGAGUGAUUAUUAUCUUCACAUCCCGGUCAUUUCAUCGUCGAUAUCAUUUUAUCGCAAUACCUCGCCUUUUCCAUCUAUCAGCCUCAUCGAUCUAUCCUCAUCUGUCUCGCCCGGCGGGGUCAUGGAUUACUCCGUCAACCUCCGCCGCAAGGAUACCACCAAGGGUCCGCCCUUGCGGAUCCUGUCGCUUGAUGGCGGCGGCGUCCGCGGUUACUCCAUGCUCAUCAUCCUCCAAGAACUCAUGUACCGCGUCUAUGUCGAAUGCGAAGGCAAAGCCCCUCGUCGCGAUGAAAUCCCCAAACCCUGUGACCACUUCGACCUCAUCGUCGGCACCGGAACCGGCGGCCUGAUCGCCCUCAUGCUGGGUCGGCUACGACUGGAUCUCGAGACCUGCAAAGAUGUCUAUGUCCGCAUGACCCGCCGCGUGUUCGAAACCGACAAGACCUUCGCCGGCAUCCCAUUUCAUAAAACACUAUUCAAGGCUUCCAAGCUGGAAGAAGCCAUCCGUGAAUGUGUCCGCGAACAUACCGUUUUUGAAGCGGAGGGGAACGAUAUGAGUCCGUCGGCGCGCAAUUCGCUGGCCAGUGCUCCUUUUAGUCCCAACUCCAUGUCAGUGCCCCAGCGCUCGGGCAGUCGGGCUAGCUUCAGUACUACUACCUCCCAUUCGUCGGGUCAUGCUAGUCAGCGCAAUUCGACGUUUGUGAACGGCUUACGCUGGGGAAAUCCGGAUGCGCUGUUGUAUGAUAAUCGAGAGUAUCGGACGAAAACUGCUGUGACUGCACUCUACAAAGGUACCACGUCCCGCAACGGCUCGACCGUCCUCCUCCGGUCCUACGAUUCGCGCAAAGAGCCCCCGCCCGAGUUUAACUGCACAGUCUGGCAGGCUGGUCGUGCCACUUCUGCCACCGGGCUAGCCUUCAAGCCCAUUCAGAUUGGACAGCACGUCUUCAUCGACGAAGGUGCCGGCACCUACAACCCCUCGCCGCAGGCGCUGGAUGAAGCGGUCAUGAACGAGUGGCCCGGUCGCGAGAUCGGAGUGUUUGUCAGCGUGGGAACUGGCAAGCGCCCACCAGGCACCAACAAUCGGCAACACGAAUGGUGGGAGGACUUCUUUGGGGAUGCCCUGGGCACGUUCGCGGAAGCUCGUCGACGCCUGAUCGCCAAGAUCGAGGGGUGCGAGGAUAUCCAUUUGGCGAUGCUGCGCGACCAUCUAGCUAAGCGCAAUGUGAGCAAGGACAACUACUACCGGUUGAACGUCGAGGUGGGUGUGGGCGAGUUUGGAAUGAAUGAAUGGAACCGGCUGGCAGACAUCAGCACCAACACACGACGCUACCUGACGCGACCGGAGGUGAAGCACCAGAUCCUGGACGCAGGUGUCAAGUUCGCCAAGAUUGAGCGCCAACACCGCCGGCUGGCUGACCAUGCGGCGGCGGCAGGUCAGGUCGAUGAUGGGACCUCGUCCAUCAUGCACAGUCCAGUGCUGUCGGUGCCGCCGCCAUCGCACCCGAUGGCCGUGGAGCUACCGGCUGAGCUGCCGGGUGACUUUGUGCCUUAUAUCACAACAGAGGACUCGCUACCGGCGCACCCCACGCCACAGGACGCCGUUCUGCCAUCACCGGGGCGGACAUCAGGCGACUUGGCCAGUCCGGGGGCUGGCGAUGUGAGUCGGCCCAACUCGCGGGCGCAUGGGUCCUCUCGACCCAGCACCGGGCAUGGCCAUGAUGGGAUGCCUCCGCCUGUGCCGCCCAAGACGCCGAUUCCCUAUCCUUCCGAGUAUCCUAGUGAACUGGGAGGGAUUCCCAUGCCGAUGCCGACGACGACCAGCCCGGGACAUAGUCACAAUGGAAGUUUGAGUGGGAAGAUUCGACCGCCGUAUCCAGUGGACGAGCCACCGGUGGUAAACAAACAGCGGAAGCCGAGUUACCAUGUGCGGUCAUGA